GUACCACUCAGCCGCAAGGCAUAUAGAUCAUUUGACAAUCAUUCAGAUGACAGUGAGACAUCCAGUGUGUGUUCAGAGCGAUCUCUUGAUUGCUACAGGAGGUCUGGUGAUAACAUAUCGGACAUCAUAAACAACUGUGCCAGCACACACAGGAAUGAGUGUAAGGAUGGGCUGGUCUCAUUACAAGCAUAUUUCCAAAAUGAAAACAGACUGAGACGCGUUGAACUCGAAUGAGUAACUGAAAUUUUUACCAAAAUGUUCAUGGACUCCCAUACAAAAGUCUUCAGUAUGUUUCUGGAUACUCUAAAUGAACUAAUUCUAGCACAUAAAGAUGAUUUACAUGAUUGGAUAUACAUUCUGCUUACACGUCUCAUGAAUAAACUUGGUGGAGAUUUGCUGGGUUCAAUCCAAAAUAAAAUACACAAGUCAUUAUCUAUUGUAAGGGAAUCAUUUCCACUGGAACUCCAAAUGAAUGCAAUUAUAAGGUUCCUGGUUGAUCAGACUCAAACACCCAAUUCUAAAUUUAAAGUAGCUGUUCUUCAAUACUUGGCCCAGCUUGCAUCCUAUAUGGAUGCCUCAUCCUUUAACCCAGGUGCCCGAGAAGCAGCUGCAGCUUUAGCAAAAGUAAUCAGUUGGACAAAUGAUCAGAAAUCAGCUGAAAUCAGAAAAGCCGCUCAGAACGCUCUAAUUGCAUUAUUCAACCUGAAUACACCUCAGGUGACAAUGAUUUUGUCAUCACUGUCUCCAGAUUACCAGGAAACAGCAGCAAGCCUUGUAAAUAGCCAUGUAAGGCGCAGUAGCACGGGAAGUUCGCCCCCAUCACCAUCACCACAUGUUCAGUCUCCAGCAACUCCACAGUCUAGGCCUUCUCUGGAGAUGGAUGAGGGAAGUCUCAAUCCAGAAGAAGUGUACAGGUCACUCCACAGAACAACCACAGAAAUACAGAAUUAUAGUUUUGAUGGUGGCCUCAGUUCUGUGAAAAUGCUGGAUAAGGAACGAGAAACUACAUCACAUGAUUCUGGCAUCAGUCAGAUGUCGUGCGGUAUGGAGAAAUUAAAAGAACAAAUGGAACAUCUUCUGUCAAUUAGUAGAGAACCUACAAAUUUGGAUGGCCAAGAUUCAGAUCAAGAUUACAAGAAUAUGCCAUCGUCAGCUCUAGUAGAAGAAAACUGUCAAAUUGUGCAGAAUGUGAUUGACACUUUAAAAGUUGAUGAUGAAGGAAAUGCAAAAGUAUCUGAGCAAGACUGUAAGAAAGCACUUUCUCAGUUAAAACACCUAAUAAAAUCUGGAGCCAUUGGUAUCAUAGUCUAUAAUUUCAAGGUUCUAUUAAGGGUUCUGGUGUCACAAUUGGCACUACCUCACUCUCCAGUGAAGACGUACAUUUUAAAUGUGCUACACGAUAUGAUCAAAGACCCGACUGUGAGACAUUGUUUUAAUAUGUACGUAGAGUUAAUCGUGCUGCGAACGCUAACAGCUUACAGUGACCCGUGCAAAGAGGCAUAUGAUAAUGAAGAAAGUUCUGUGAGGAAAUCUGCUGUAUUUUGUAUGGUAGAAUUACAUGGUAUUGUUGGAGAGGCAGGUUUGCAACCACAUUUAGCUACCUUAAACAACACUAAGCUGAAGCUGCUUCACUUGUAUAUCAAACGAUCGCAGCAUGGUGGUUCGAGCGGCAUCACUUCACCAAAAACCACAAUGUCGUGA